CACCCCUAUAUCACUACCAAUUCCAAUACAGACACAAGUGCUACUCUUUUCAUUUUCUCUCUCUCUCUAUACGAUUCUCUGUUAUAGUAAUACCUAAGAAUUGAAGGGUUUCUUUAUCAGCAUCAGACUUUUCUUUAACUGAAAGGGCAUAAAUAAAGUUACUUACAGGUUCCUCAGAGAAACCAGGGAAGCAUGCACUCCAAUUCCAAGAAUUCAAACCUCAGAGAAUCCAGUUUUUAUGAGGUUUCAAAUUCCACAUUACUUUCCGAACCUUGGUGGAAAAAAACUGGAUACAGUUCCUUCCCAACAGUAAUGAUGCAAGGAAAUGCAUCAGAUUCAACGUCAUUGGAGCAAGCUAUGGAUGGCCAAUCACACUCUGAGGAUGGCACGAAUGAUGGAGAUGCUGCUGCGGCCAAACAAUCACGUUGUAAUAUUCCUCCGCAUCCAGAUAGAAAUUAUGGAGUGGAAGAUCCUAAUUUACCACAUGGUUCUUUGACCAUACGUCCAAGGAGUUUCGACAACCUAGUGCAGCCCCCACAUCAGGAGUUUGUUGGGCACUCGAUCGCCUGUGCUUCGAAUCCGCGUGACCCAUAUCAUGGAGGAAUGAUGGCAGCUUAUGGUCAGCCUUUGGUUCCUCCUGAUUUAUUGGAUGUGCAUCAAGCCAGAAUACCUUUGCCUCUUGAGAUGGCACAAGAGCCUGUUUAUGUGAACGCCAAGCAGUACCAUGGAAUUUUGAGGAGAAGGCAUUUGCGUGCUAAAGCGGAACUCGAGAGCAAGGCAAUAAAAUCUCGAAAGGUUGGUUUUGCCAUUGUUUUCUUUCUACUUUAGCCUCUGGCUAUAUUCUGCUUGUGUGGAUUCUCUCAGUGUUGAAAUGGAUAUAUUAGGAACUUGAGCUUGUCUCAUGAUGUCUUUGUUCUUCUCCUGUUUUUCUAUGAUAAGUAAUUGUUAUUGAAGACUGAAUUUAUGUAAAUAAAUGCGUCCCUUCUCAAACAACUUGAUAUUUUUUAAAUGAUAUGGUUCAAUAUAGAUCAGUGUGUGCAAAAGUCCUCAUUUCUUCUCAAAAUUGGUCAUGUGUUAGGCAUUUGAUGCAAAAUUAAUCUGGGAAGCCUGAAGUGUUCGAAAGAAAACACCGACAUAUAGUUGAAGAACGUGGAAUGUGAAUAACCCACCUUUGAAUUGAAA